UACAUAGAAUAUCCACCAGAAGUUGAUUUUAGUUGAAUGCUGUCUGGGGGCGCUGUCAAAACCCUCCCCAUUCAAGAUUUUCUCCACGGUACCAACAGGGAGAACCGCGUGUGGUUGUCUGACCAGGUUCCAUUGAGUUGACGGGAACACAUCACAGGGAGGGAUGAAGAGGGGCGUCGAAAAAAUAGAGAAUUCAAACUCAACAUACCAGUCUUUGGGUUUGAGUUCAUGGAUUUGUGACGAUUAGACUAGGAGUUGAUUAUUUCGCUGUUAUUUUUAAUGUUGUUAAAGGUGUAGGGUAACUGUCGGCGAAGAUUUUAAUCAGAAUGCUGCUGGUCUGAAACAAAGGGGUCGGGACUCCGGAGUGUUGCAGUGGUAAAAGCAGGUUGAAAGGGUGGACAGUGGCCACAACUCACCACUGACAAGAUGGAGCGGGAGGAGCAGUGGUGGACGGGCCAACUCGCUGCAGACAUCCACCAGUCUCUACGAAUAAAGGAGCUGAAGUUGCCUACCUACAAGGCCCACUCUCCUCAGAUCAGGAUGCGGCGUUACUUUGCUGACCUGCUGGCUGUCCUCAGUAACCGCUACCAGCUGUGCCCAGUGGCUCGCCACCUGGCCGUCUACUUCCUGGACUUGUUUAUGGACCACUACGACGUGGCAGUCCGCCAGCUCUACGUCAUCGCCCUCUCCUGUCUCCUCCUAGCCAGUAAGUUUGAGGAGAAGGAGGACUGUGUGCCAAAGCUGGAGCAGCUCAACUCUCUGGGCUUCAUGUGUAGUCUGAACCUGUCACUGACCAACAAGGAUCUGGUCAAGAUGGAGCUGCUUCUCUUAGAGACGUUUGGCUGGAACCUGUGUAUGCCCACGCCUGCACACUUCAUAGACUACUACCUCCAUGCUGCUGUACAGGACGGAGACCUGCACAACGGCUGGCCUCUCUCCUCCCUCAACAAGACCAGAGCCUUCAUGGACAAAUACACACACUACUUCCUGGAAGUCUCACUGCAAGACCAUGCCUUCCUGGGCUUCCGGCCGUCCCAGGUGACGGCAGCUUGCAUCGCGGCGUCCCGUAUCUGUCUCCAGAUCACCCCCAGCUGGACCACCGUCCUCCGCCUGCUCACCGGAUACUCCUGGGACCACCUCACCCAGUGCAUAAAGCUGAUGCUGCUUGCCCAUGAUAACGAUGUGAAACAGGCCAACAAAUCCAAGUCCAACUCUUCAUCUGUCCAGAGCCCUCUCCAACCCCAGGCCCAUCUCACCCCCUCCACAGUCUCCUGCUCCACCCUGAUGCAACCCUCUUCUGGCUCCCAGCAGAUGCUCUUCCAGACAGGCGGCUACCAGCAGCACCUCACCCAGCACUCCACUUCCGUUUCCCAGAUGCACAUGCUAGGUGAGUCCCAGGCUCUGGGCCCUAUUGGGUCUCGGGACUACCUCCAGUCCCACCAGACAGGGCUCCUCUCAGGCUCGGUUUCUCAGGGAACCUUCCCCCCUUUCCCCAGCCUGACCUCAGGACUGGGCUCCUCCCUGCCCCUCCAGGGACCCAUCUCCAUGCAAGUGGUCCUUGCUGCAGAGCCCCGUCACUGUCUCGGCCUGUCCUAUGGGGGAGGCUACCUGGGCUCCCAUCACGCCUUCACAGCAGGCUGCUUCGACAGGUGACGCCAGGAGAGGGAGGAUGAACUGAACCUGGGUCAGUCAGUGUCCUCCACCUGUCCUGCCUCCCUGUCCUCCUUCCACCUGUCCUGACCUCAUCCAACAAGGACGAAGGAAACCAAAAGGAAGAAGCAAUGUCAACGCAGAUAUUGCUGCGGUCUUGACCUAACAAAGGUCCUAACUAUUUGAAGUGACACAAUAUUUGUGAUGAGGUGUUUACAUACAGUAUGUUCUGUUCCUUUCACACGACUGCUUGAUCUAUACUGAGAGACUGUGAGGCUGGUUUGACCACUGUGAUUCUGAUAUCAACAGUGGUUGUGUGAGCCCCUGCUUCCACACCAUUUCUCUCAAUGUGGGACAUCUGCUUUUUCAUACUAGGAUCUUUCAAUGCUGCUGCCUUAAACAAAACAAUGGCUUUAUGAUCAUGCAAGUGGUCUGUCCUUGGUAUUGUUUACAUCCGUGGUUCUCAAACCUCUCCUCAGGAACCGCCAGACAUUUCACUAUUUUGUUGUAGCUCUGAACUAGCUCACCUGAUUUACCUAUUCAAGGGCUUGAGGAUUAGUUGACAAGUUGAAUCAGGUGUUAGCUCUAGAAUAAAUAAAAUGCCUGGAACGGCUGGGGGUCCCUGAGGAGAGGUUGGAGGACCACUGGUUUACAUGAACAAUACCAUAUAUCAGGGUGCUUGACUGAUGACUUGGGGGGGUUGACACAACUGUGUCAAUUAAUUCAUUUUUUAAUGUUUAACUUCUACUGGUUAAAGACGUGUGUGUUGUUGGAGAGAUGUCUCACUGAGAUUUCUGAUCUAUUCUUUGGCCUUGGCUGCUGUUUUAUUUUUUUAUUUAUCCUUUUAUUUAAUUAGGCAAGUCAGUUAAGAGCAAAUUCUUAUUUACAAUGACGGCCUACCCCCGGACGAAGCUGGGCCAAUUGUGCGCCGCCCUAUGGGACGGCCGGAUGUGAUACAGCCUGGAUUCGAACCAGGGACUGUAGUGAUUCCUCUUGCACUGAAAUGCAGUGCCUUAGACCGCUGUACAACUCGGGAGAAGACUCUGUCUUGUUUUGCUGUUCUACUGCUCUGUUGGAGAUAGAAACACGAGUAUCACGCUGCACAGGAUAUCUUGUAGCAUCCAUCAUCUAUGUUCUGUAUUACUGCUCUGUUGGAGAUAGAAACACGCGCAUCACGCUGCACAGGAUAUCUUGUAGCAUCCAUCAUCUAUGUUCUGUUCUACUGCUCUGUUGGAGAUAGAAACACGAGUAUCACGCUGCACAGGAUAUCUUGUAGCAUCCAUCAUCUAUGUUCUGUAUUACUGCUCUGUUGGAGAUAGAAACACGCGCAUCACGCUGCACGGGAUAUCUUGUAGCAUCUAUGUUCUGUAUUACUGCUCUGUUGGAGAUAGAAACACGAGCAUCACGCUGCACGGGAUAUCUUGUAGCAUCCAUCAUCUAUGUUCUGUAUUACUGCUCUGUUGGAGAUAGAAACACGCGCAUCACGCUGCAAGGGAUAUCUUGUAGCAUCCAUCAUCUAUGUUCUGUAUUACUGCUCUGUUGGAGAUAGAAACACGCGCAUCACGCUGCACGGGAUAUCUUGUAGCAUCCAUCAUCUAUGUUCUGUAUUACUGCUCUGUUGGAGAUAGAAACACGAGCAUCACGCUGCACGGGAUAUCUUGUAGCAUCCAUCAUCUAUGUUCUGUAUUACUGCUCUGUUGGAGAUAGAAACACGCGCAUCACGCUGCACGGGAUAUCUUGUAGCAUCCAUCAUCUAUGUUCUGUAUUACUGCUCUGUUGGAGAUAGAAACACGCGCAUCACGCUGCACGGGAUAUCUUGUAGCAUCUAUGUUCUGUAUUACUGCUCUGUUGGAGAUAGAAACACGCGCAUCACGCUGCACGGGAUAUCUUGUAGCAUCUAUGUUCUGUAUUACUGCUCUGUUGGAGAUAGAAACACGCGCAUCACGCUGCACGGGAUAUCUUGUAGCAUCCAUCAUCUAUGUUCUGUAUUACUGCUCUGUUGGAGAUAGAAACACGCGCAUCACGCUGCACGGGAUAUCUUGUAGCAUCUAUGUUCUGUAUUACUGCUCUGUUGGAGAUAGAAACACGCGCAUCACGCUGCAUCCACGAUAACAUCUACAGAUCUGUGUGAAUGUGACCAAUAAACUUUGAUUAGCACAUACAACUACUGAUGUCCUACCUCGGUCACUCUCCAGGGUUGUCGUGUGUUAUUACAACAAACCUGCUGGAAAAUUCACCUUGCUGGGUCAGAUGGAUGGAGUUGCCACCAAACACGAGUUUCUAUAAAAUGAGUAAAAAUAUAGUUGACCAUAAGAUGUUUUGUGAUUAUUGGUUACCUUGGAUACGACCCAUUGAAUGGCAGUAGGAAUAUCUCCGACAAUUGAAGAACAGAAGUAAAAAAUCACAAAGUUUGACUUUUUUCUUUGAUGCUUACAUGGAAUAUUGCCGCGUUCACAUGCUAGUCGGAAUUAGGGAACUCUUGACAUUUCUGCACGUGUAUAACUACAACCAGUUAGCAAGUGGGAAAUGUCAGAGUUUCCUAAUCCCGACUAGCAUGUGAACGCGACGUUUGUAUGGUGAGUCAUGACGCUGUCAUUUAGUGACGUCUAAGUCCAGGCAGGCCAGACAUGCUGUUACCAUUUAGCCAAGGACACGUGGGUCCAGUGUCCGUGUCCCAGGCUUGAUGGGGUGAGACGUUUUUGUUUUUAUAGAGUAUUAAAUAUUUUCCACUGAUCACAUCCUGACCACAAUGUCUGUCUGCUUCCACUACUGUUGACAAAUGGCACGAAGGACCCACAGGCGUCUAGUUUAGUGGGUCUCAGAUAACAAAACCAUUCUUCUGCGUACCUUAACUUUGUCCUACCUCAAUAUAUAGUGCAGCGCUUGUUUUAUCAUUAGACCAAAUGUUUGUACAUUUAUAUUUGAUGUACCGUACAUUUUUAUCUUGUUUUUUAAAUAUUUUUUAACUGUGUUUUGUUAGAAUAGAUGAGUUCAAUGCACCAUCAAAGACCAAUGUACUGUAUCUUGUGUGAUCUGUAGCCUAACGGUUGGUCAUUUGAGAUAAGACUACUUUCAAUCACACCGCCAUCUAAUGUUUUAAAGGUUAUUUUAUUUGAUUUUUCGUUAAUGUUUAUUAGUACUUGUGUUUUUAACUGCUUGAAGACAGUGGAUUUCUUUACCUUUAAAUGAAAAGGUUGUACAUCGUAACCACCUCGUAGCCUCAACACUUGAAAUCCAAGUGGCCCGACUACAUCUACUUCGAUGGUACAAUGAUUACAGCAGGAGAAGCACAUUGGGGAAGGGAAUCAAAAAAAGAGUGUUUACUCUGUCAAAUGAGGUGCAAAUAAAACCCCAAAAUAAAUCCAGUCUGGCAGUAUC